AUGCCGAGCGCACGAACGAACUUGGGCCCUUUCACAACAGAGUGGAAGUACCCUGAUCGAUGUACGGUGCCAGUCACCGAUUGCUCGACAUGCACGAAUGCCUGGCAAGGCCAGACGUGCGGGAAUAAUCAGGACAACACGCAAGGAGUGCUCGACGAUACAGACUGUUGGCCACCGCGACAAUCGUCAUUCGCCGCCGAAAAUGCCGUGAAUGGCUGGGGCUUCUACUCUCCCGCGUUCGAGUGCCCACAAGGCUACGAAACAGCGUGUACCGCGACGGGUCCUCAGACUGGAAACUUUAAUUUUCAGUUCUCGAUACAAGAUGAUGAGAGGGUGAUAGGAUGCUGUCCAUCGGGAUCAUUACAAGUCGCCUCAUGCUCGAAGCAAAAGACUGUUCUCAACUGGCUCACCCUCCCAGCGACAGUGACAGACGAAACCAGCACAGUGUCUCUCGAUGGGAUAACCAUCUUCGCACCAAUGAUCCAGCUCAAUUAUCGCGAAAAAGAUCUCUCCUUGUCAUCUGGGUCAACAAGAUCUACAAAAACAGUAUCCGCUCCAGUAGAGACUGGUUCAAGUGAAUCAUUCUCAAACAAUUCCUCUAGCGGAGGACUAUCGACGGGUGCUAAAGCUGGUAUAGGUGCUGGGGUUGGAGUAGCCGGGCUGCUGAUUAUUGGAGCCGCGUUUUAUCUUUGGAGAAGAAGAAAGAGGGCUACACCGCCGGCUGCGGAGCUGGAGACGAAGGAGGAUACGAAGAAUGCGGGAUCAGUUUUGACUUAUGGAUCGCCGCCACCGCAGUAUCCUCCUAUUGAACUGGAUGCGACGACAUCGAGACAUGAGAUGUGA